GUCACGUGGCAGGGAGGUGUGUCUAAAUAUUAUAUUACUCUUAUUAUCAUACACAUAUACAUGUACGUCGGGACACGUUUAUACACGUAGCUAGGUUCAGCUCAGCCACAGCUCAAAAAGAUGAAGGUGCUCGUUGCGUUGUGUGGGGCCCUAGUAUUGGCCGAAUCCUUCGGUCACGUGAUAAGUACAUCACCAGUGGACGAAUGGAAGACGUUCAAAACAAACUACGGAAAGGUGUACGAAGGAUCAGAGGACGACAAAAGGUAUCAAAUCUGGAAGCAAAAUGUAGCGUUUAUUAACCAACACAACAGUGAAGCCGAUAAGGGACGUCACUCGUACAGACUGGGGGUCAACGCUUUCGCUGAUAUGACGCGGAAGGAGCACAAACGUCUUUUACGAUAUGGAGAUCUAUCGAACGCGCAGCAUUUCUGUAAAGGGAAGCCUGAUUACCGUCAUGGCAAACUUCCCGAGAGCAUGGACUGGCGCAGUUUGGGCUUCAUUACACCAGUGAAAAACCAGGGCCAGUGUGGCUCCCCUUGGGCAUUUGCGGUAACCGGGUCAGUCGAGGCUAGACACGCCAUGUACUGCUCCCCACAUCAACUCGUGUCUCUUUCAGAGCAAAACCUGAUGGACUGUUCCGACAAGUAUGGUAAUUACGGUUGUAAUGGUGGGUAUAUGGACACCUCAUUUGAAUACAUCAGGGAAAACGGUGGUAUAGAUACGGAGGCGUCGUAUCCUUACGAAGCAAAGGAUGGCAAAUGUCGAUUCAACCCUAAUACUAUCGGGGCUAAAAUUCGCGGAUGUGUGGACUUGCCCAAGGGCAACGAGACCGCUCUACAGAUCAUUGUCUACACGAACGGCCCAGUGACCAUCGGUAUGAACGCUGGCGCUCCUUCGAUGGAGUUCUACAAGUCGGGUAUAUACGACGAUCCACAGUGUACCUCGACGGACAUCAAUCAUGCGGCCUUGGUCGUUGGCUACGGAGUAAUGGACGGCAAGAAAUACUGGAUUGUCAAAAAUAGCUGGGGUACUGGCUGGGGCAUGAAGGGGUACAUCCUCAUAGCGCGUGACCACGGUAACCUAUGUGGAGUGGCAAGCCUCGCGAGUUAUCCCGAGAUGUUGUGCGAUUUCUAAAAUGGUGGUUGCUCUGUAAAAUAGUGAACUGUUUUAAAUUAUGUAUUUAUGAAUGGCAUUCUCCCUUGUA